CCUGCUCCUCCCCCGACCAGGCGAUGAGGUAAUCGCGCCGCUGAGAGGCACGCGCAGCCGGUGCCCAGCCCGGUCGGUCCCCGCGCCCCUGCCCCUUCGGCCGUCACCCCUGGUACGCUCGGGGGACCCGGGUCUCCCGGCCGCACCAUGACCGAGCGUUGCAGCCUGUGGAGUGCACUGUCCGCCGCCGCCUGCUGCUUCUACCGUGGCUCGCUGGUACAGGUGCAGUUCUCCAAGGAGAAGUACAUUCUCGACUCCUCACCAGAGAAACUGCACAAGGAGCUGGAAGAAGAGCUGAAGCUCAGUAGCACAGACCUCCGCAGCCAUGCCUGGUACCACGGACGCAUCCCUCGUGAGGUCUCUGAGACCCUGGUGCAGCGGAAUGGCGACUUCCUCAUCCGAGACUCUCUCACCAGCCUUGGGGACUAUGUGCUUACGUGUCGCUGGCACAAUCAGGCCUUGCACUUCAAGAUCAACAAGGUGGUGGUGAAGGCUGGGGAGAGCUACACCCACAUCCGGUACCUCUUCGAGCAGGAGAGCUUCGACCACGUGCCUGCCCUUGUGCGCUAUCAUGUGGGCAGCCGUAAGGCCGUGUCCGAACAGAGUGGGGCCAUCAUCUACUGCCCGGUCAACCGUACCUUCCCACUGCGCUACCUCGAGGCCAGCUAUGGCCUGAGCCAGGGCAGCAGCAAGGCUGCCAGCCCAGCCAGCCCCUCAGGCUCCAAGGGCAGCCACAUGAAGAGACGAAGCAUUACUAUGACUGAUGGACUCACCACUGACAAGGUCACCCGCAGCGAUGGCUGCCCCAACAGCACCUCACUACCCCAUCCUCGAGACUCCAUCCGAAACUGUGCCCUCAGCAUGGACCAGAUCCCAGAUCUACACUCACCUCUGUCUCCUAUCUCCGAGAGCCCAGGCUCCCCUGCCUAUAGCACUGUAACCCGAGUCCAUGCUGCUUCUGCUACCCCGUCUUCUACAGUACAGCCCGCCUCCCCAGUUGCCCGCCGCUCCAGUGAACCUCAGCUAUGUCCCGGAAGUGCUCCAAAGCCUCCUGGGGAGUCAGACAGGGGCCCUCAUGCAAGCCCGUCCCACACCCUCUGCAAGGCCUCACCAUCACCAUCACUCAGCAGCUACAGUGAUCCGGACUCUGGCCACUACUGUCAGCUCCAGCCUCCUGUCCGUGGCAGCCGAGAGCAGGCUGCAGGAGAGACCCCCCGGAAGGCUCGGAGCUCCGGGGAGAGGCAAAAAGAACUGUCAGAAAAUGGAAUCCCCGACGGGGAGUGGGGCAAGACCUUCACAGUCCCUGUAGUGGAAGCCACCUCUUCUUUCAACCUGGCUACCUUCCAGUCCCAGCUGAUUCCCAAGGAGAACCGACCUCUGGAGGUGGGCCUUCUGCGCAAGGUCAAGGAGCUGCUGUCCGAGGUGGAUGCCCGGACACUGGCCCGCCAUGUCACCAAGGUUGACUGCCUGGUUGCUAGGAUACUGGGCGUUACCAAGGAGAUGCAGACCCUAAUGGGAGUCCGCUGGGGCAUGGAGCUGCUUACCCUCCCCCAUGGCCGGCAGUUAAGACUAGACCUGCUGGAAAGGUUCCACACCAUGUCCAUCAUGCUGGCCGUGGAUAUCCUGGGCUGCACAGGUUCCGCAGAGGAGCGGGCAGCGCUGCUGCACAAGACCAUCCAGCUGGCGGCCGAGUUGCGGGGGACGAUGGGCAACAUGUUCAGCUUCGCUGCUGUCAUGGGCGCCCUGGAGAUGGCCCAGAUUUCAAGGCUGGAGCAGACGUGGAUGACCCUGAGGCAGCGACACACGGAGGGUGCCAUUCUGUAUGAGAAGAAACUCAAGCCUUUCCUCAAGAGCCUGAACGAGGGCAAAGAAGGCCCGCCUCUGAGCAACACCACCUUUCCACACGUGCUGCCGUUCAUUACUCUGCUGGAGUGUGACUCCGCCCCUGCCGAGGGUCCUGAACCUUGGGGCAGCACAGAACAUGGUGUGGAGGUUGUGCUAGCCCACCUGGAGGCCGCCCGCACUGUGGCACACCACGGGGGCCUCUACCACACCAACGCCGAGGUCAAGCUGCAAGGGUUCCAGGCCCGACCUGAGCUCCUGGAGGUGUUCAGCACAGAGUUCCAGAUGCGUCUCCUCUGGGGCAGCCAGGGUGCCAACAGCAGCCAGGCCUGGCGCUAUGAGAAGUUUGACAAAGUCCUCACUGCCUUGUCCCACAAGCUGGAACCUGCCAUCCGCUCUAGCGAGCUGUGACCCCAGAGAUCUUGCCUCUCUGCAGCUGCGGGCAGCAUCAGGGGCAGAGAGGCUCAGGACAUUCCCUCCAGAGCACCACAGGGACACUGUGAUCAGCCCAAGAAUGUUCUGGGUUCAAAUCCAGGAUCACCCUUGCACUUCCAGGGUCCUGAAUGGACUCCGAGCUCAUUCUUCCGCCACAUGUGCACCAAGUCUCCCUUCCAAAUGGACAGGAACCUCUGCUCCUCCCACCGGCUUGCGCUGGCCCCUGUUUCGCUGCGGUUCCCUGUUUUUGAGCCAUGGGAGGCUCCCCACCCCUCGUCCUUCCUCCAGGCAUCUAUGCCUAGAGGUGCCACAGCCUCCAUCUUACUGUAAAUAAGUCGGAUGUAAAUUAUGUACAGAAGCCACCUCUCUUUCAUAUAAUAAACUUUAAUGACUCUUU